AAAAAAGAAAGAAUGCGUUAAGUGUUUAUUCAUUUCAUGCGGUUCCAACUCCUUCAUCGUUCUCUUUUCAAUUUUACAGUUUUAAUUAACAAAAAACCACAAAACUUUUAGGGUUUCAAAUUCUCUCUCUCUCUUUCCCUCAAAGCAUUUUCUACGUUAAACCUUCUCCCAAAUUCUGAACCCAAUCCACAUUCCAUUUCAUUUCUCCCUUCAACAUUGUGAUUUUUGAACCAUGGUGUUCCUAGUUUCUCUUCAUUGACAAUUUGUUCACCUUUACGCAUGCAGGCGAUGAAUGUGAUUUUUAUGCAUUGUGUUUCUGUUAUUGGGUAAUGAGAGGUGUCAAUUUUACCGCCAAUAUAUUGAGCAGAGAUGAAUAUUGCUGCUCUUUUAACUUCUGCUGGAAUUAAUAUCGUUGUGUGUGUGGUACUCUUUUCACUUUAUUCGGUUUUAAGAAAACAACCCAGCAAUGUUAAUGUAUAUUUCGGAAGAAAACUAGCCAAUCGUGGUUUGAAAAACGUUGACCUUUCUUUUGAAAGAUUUGUUCCAUCUCCUACAUGGGUUAUGAGAGCAUGUGAUACAACUCAAGAGGAGCUUCUUGAUAUUGGGGGUUUGGAUGCCGUGGUUUUUAGCAGGAUGCUCGUCUUCAGUAUUCGAGUAUUUUCUGUUGCUGCUAUCAUCUGCACAAUUUUAGUGCUUCCAGUGAAUUAUUAUGGUCAUGACAGGAUACGCAAAGACCUACCUUUUGAGUCACUGGAAGCCUUUACCAUUGAGAAUGUCCAGGAAGGAUCCAAAUGGCUUUGGACUCAUUGUCUUGCAUUAUACAUCAUAUCAUUGACAACAUGCUCACUUCUUUACUUUGAAUACAAGAGCAUUACUAAUUUAUGCCUAGGACAUGUCACUGGAUUGCCUCCAAAACCAAGUCAGUUUACAAUUCUUGUCCGAGGAAUACCUUGGUCCUCCGAGGAUUCAUACUGUGAAGCCGUGAAGAAGUUUUUCACAUAUUACCACCCAACAACAUAUUUGUCACACCAAAUAGUGUAUAAGUGUGGUGCUGUUGAGAAGAUAAAGGAUGAUGCAGAAUAUAUAUGUAAGAUGUUGGGUGAUGGUGUUGAACACAGUUGUAAGCCAAGCAUUGUGCAAUGUUACUUUUGUGGAGGAACCAAUAGUUUUAAGAUUAUUGCAAAUGAAACGGAUAGUAUACAUUCGAGAACAGGCUUAACUGACGUGCAUAUAGUUGCAAGAAAAAAGGAAUGUGCAGCCGCCUUCGUGUUCUUUAAGACUCGGUAUGCUGCCCUUAUGGCUGCUCGAAAUCUUCAAGCAUCAAAUCCUAUGUUAUGGGUCACAGAUCAAGCUCCCGAACCACGUGAUAUUUACUGGUCCAACCUUUGCAUACCUUACAAACAACUUUGGAUUCGAAAGAUAUUUACAUGGGUGGCUUCUUUCACCUUCGUGUUACUAUUUCUCAUCCCUGUCACAUUUGCACAAGGCUUGACUCAAUUAGACAAGCUUGAGAAAAUGUUCCCUUUCUUGACAGAUAUACUUAAAAAGAAAUUUACGGUUCAACUGGUGACUGGUUACUUGCCAAGUGUGAUUUUGGUUUUAUUUUUAAUUGGUGUUGGACCAGUGAUGAUGUUACUUUCAGCAGUGGAGGGGCCAAUUUCCCGUAGUUGUAGGAAGAGAAGUGCAUGCUACAAAGUUUUGUAUUUCACUAUUUGGAAUGUUUUUUUUGUCAAUGUUUUUGCCGGGUCUGUUAUCAGUCAACUCUCAGUGUUUACAAGUAUAACAGAACUACCUGCCCAACUUGCAAAGGCAGUUCCAACACAGGCUACAUUCUUCACAACAUAUGUUUUAUCAUCAGGGUGGGCAAGUCUAGCUUUUGAGAUUAUACAACCGUUUCCUCUUUUUUGUAACAUAUUCCAAAGACUAGUACUCUGCUCUGGGCAAGAUUCAUAUAAUGGCACCCUAACUUUUCCUUACCAUACAGAAGUUCCGAGAAUAUUGCUAUUUGGAUUUCUAGGGUUCGCAUGUUCUAUUCUUGCGCCCCUGAUACUACCAUUUUUACUGUUCUACUUUUUCCUUGCAUACAUCGUAUACCGUAACCAGAUUCUCAAUGUUUAUAUUACAAAAUACGAUGGCGGCGGACAAUUAUGGCCUAUUGCCUUCAACACGACGAUCUUUUCAUUACUUGUGGCACAAGUUAUUGCAUUAGGGGUGUUUGGACUAAAACAAUCAACAAUUGCAUCUGGAUUUACCAUUCCAUUGUUGAUUGGUACUGUUCUAUUUAACCAAUAUUGUAGGCAACGGUUUCUUCCAGUAUUUAAGAACAAUGCAGCACAGGUUUUUAUUGACAUGGAUCACAGAGAUGCAAAUUGUAGAAGGAUGGAAGAGAUUUAUGAUCAAUUGCAUUCAGCAUACUCCCAAUUCGGCACUAGCUCUACUCAAUCUGGAUGUUUUGGUUAUCCAGGGCAGAGAGAACAUGCUCAGAGUCAUCCGAUUCCAGGGCACAAAGAACAUGUUCAGAGUCGUCCGAUUCCAUUUGAUUUGGAGAGAGGCAAAGAAUCAAUCAAACCAGAUAUAUCAUGGGCAAUUCAUCGAUAGCGAUUUUGUAAAAAUCAGUCUUAGGUGUGUAGAUAUUAUGAGAAUCAUGGCGAUUGCUAUAACUGGAAGUUGUGCACAUGUAAAUUUAGAUUAUUCGGAUAAAAAUACCUGCACAAAAUAUAGGAAAAAGACUAUCCAUAAUGUUUAGUUGAGCAACAUAGUGAAUAUAUUUGUAAUUAUCCUAUAUUCUAUUUUUUCAUGAUAAAAUAAUUAUUCUUAUAAUAUUUUUUCAGUGAGUAAAAAUAAAUAAAACUCUUUCUUUCUA